AUGACAAACUCUCUAAAUAGUAUUCAUAACUACAAUAGCCACCAUCAUAUCAACUCCAACAACUCUUCCAACACUAUUUCUAUCAACAUCUCUAAUGAUAAUAACACAAUAAACAAUAACAUCUACAACAACAAAAACAUACUCAAAAACAACUUCUCCAUAAUCAACAACAAUCUUACAAUACAAGAAUUCUCAAAAAUCAAUAUAACAAAAAGCAUAAACCAAUCAACAAAUUCAAACACAAAAAUCUUAAACGAUAUCGAAAUCAUCAAAAAAUUAGGUUCUGGUCAAUAUGGCAAAGUCAUACUUGGUAACGAUCUAAAUCUAAACAAACUAGUAGCAAUAAAAGAACUAUCAAAACUAUCAAAGCCAAAACUAUUGUCCCCAAAUCACCAAAAAUUAAUCCAAAAAUACAACAUAAACAACUGCAACAACAUAAAAAAUGAAAUCGAAUACAAAAUCUUUAACGAAAUCAAAAUAAUGAAAAAAUGCUCAAAUAACCAUCCAAAUAUCUUAAAACUAUUCAAAAUCUUUAACGACCCUUCCUAUAAAAAUAUCUAUCUCAUACUAGAGUACUGCUCCAUAGGCGAAUUGAAAUGGAUGUCCUCCUCCAAUAUUUCUCAAAACUCGAUUCACAACGUCCCUUAUCUAAUUAACAUCUUCAAACAACUUUAUUCGGCUUUGAAUUUCCUCAAAAUUAACAAAAUUAUUCACAGAGAUAUAAAGCCCUCAAACUUAUUACUAGAUAAAAACAAUAUCCUCAAAAUCAGCGAUUUUGGCGUAAGUUUCCUACUAAACAACGAUAAUGAUCUAAACAACAUCUCGGUUCAAAAAGAAUUAUCAAGAACUGUUGGAACUCCUGCUUUUUUGCCUCCGGAAUUAUGUGGUUUAAAGAAAAUUAUCAAAAAAUCAGAACUCGUAAAUUCUCCUUCCUCGCUAAGUAUCUCAACUUCAACUUCAACUUUUACCACAAAUAACUCACAACACCUAAGCGAUGAUGAAACUGAAAUUAAUUAUAAAUUCGAUUAUAAUAUAGAUGCUUGGGCUCUUGGAAUAACUCUAUACUGCUUGAUUUACAAUCAAUUGCCCUUUCCAGCUGUCAAUGAAUAUGAAUUAUUUGAUAAAGUGAUUAAAAACAGAUUGAUCCUACCUGAUGAUUCUUCUUCUUUAUUAUUUCAUACUAUUAGUUCGGAACUAGAUUUGAAAAACUUUCAUAGAUUCAAAAAAAUUAUAUUGAAUUUAUUAAUUAAAAAUCCCGAGCAAAGAUUAAAUAUUGACCAUCUAAUAAAAAAUGAAAUAUUCAACGACUCUCUCAAUUUUCUUGAUGAAGAAGAUAGAUCAAAUUUUAUAUCCUUUAAUAAUAAAUUUAAAACUAAAAAAAUUAAUAAUAAUAUUUAUAACGAUAUUGAUAAUAAUAUUUACAAUAAUAUUGAUAAUCAGAUUGGUAAUCAGACUGAUAACCACAUCAAUAAUCACAUUAAUAAUCACAUUAAUAAUCAGAUUAAUAAUCAUAUUAACAAUGUUAUUAUUAAUAGUAACAAUACCGAUAUUAAUAAUAACAAUUUUAAAUUGAAUGAUUCCAUAAUGUCUAGAAGCUUUGAAAAUUUAAUUGAGACAAACAAUGGGUUUAUAAACCCUUCUGCGAUUAAACCAAAUAAUGCAAAUAAAUCAAGAAGACUAUCUGAUUCAGACUCAAAUAUUCUAAUAACGACAACAAGAACCAAUCCUAAUAUUAAUAGAAAGACUUCAAACUUAUUAUUAUUAAAUAAAAACAACUAUUUGAAAAUAUCCCCAUCAAAGGAAUCAAUCCAUUCACUAAACUCUAAAUUUUCCAAAACCUCUUAUUCUUUAAUAACCAGUCCUGAAAAUAACUUUAGUUCAAAUUCAACCUCAAAGGCUUCAACUCCUAGUCAAAUUGACUAUAGCCCUCCUCCUCAAAUCAAAACCAAAAAUGCUUCAAAACCCUCAACAGCUAGUACUAAUAAUGCUGUAUAUGGAAAUUCCACCAUUUUAUCAAAUCCAUCAAUAAAGAAUAACCAGUUACCAUCUAAGAAAUCACCAAAUGGGUUUUCUAGAUUGAAGAAAAAACUCUCGAAAUUAAUAAUAAGCAGUAAUAAUUCUCCGAAUAAAAAUAUGAGAAAUCAUAUGAAUAUCAAUUCCUCUCCUUUAAAAAAUAAAGGAUUAUCACCUUCUUUUAAUGCAGGUCAUAGGAACUAUAAAUUUGAUAAUAAAAAUAACAAUAGCAAUAACAGUAUUAAUAAUAAUAAUAAUAAUAAUAAUAAUAAUAAUAAUAAUAAUAAUAAUAAUAAUAAUAAUAAUAAUAAUAAUAAUAAUAAUAAUAAUAAUAANUAA